UUUUCAGGUUCAUCAAUUUCCAGGGAAAAGCAGAAUGUUAAAGAAAAGCAAAAUGUUAAUUUUUAAAUAUUUUCUGAAUCUCAUUAAUGCAGCUUUUUUGGUUCUUGGACUUUUAUUUGUGGGAUUUGGUACAUGCCUUUUAUUAGAUAAAAAUAAUUUUUUAACAGCUUUGGAUGAAAAUAAGCACUUCAUCGUAUAUAUUUCUCAAGUCUUGAUUGGAAUGGGAUCUGCUACUAUCCUUCUUUGUCUUUUGGGUUAUUUGGCAAUUCACAACAAAAUUGUAUGGUUCCUAAUUCUGUAUGCAGUACUGUUGACAUUGGCCUUUGGUGUUCAAGUUGUACUUUCAGCACUCAUCUUCACAAAGAAAGAGGAGGUUCAACAACUAUGGCAUGAUAAAAUGGAUUUAGUCAUUUCUGAGUAUGGAUCUAAAGAUAAGCCUGAAGACAUACCCAAGUGGACUUUUCUGAAUGCCUUACAGAAAACAUUACAGUGUUGUGGCCAACACAAUUACACAGAUUGGAUAAAGAAUAAGAAUAAAGAAGUUUCAGACCAGGUUCCUUGUUCUUGCACAAAUUCUACAUUAAGAAAAUGGUUUUGUGAUGAGCCACUGAAUGCAACUUACCUGGAGGGUUGUGGAGGUAAAAUCAACACAUGGUAUGAUGAUAAUGUUUUAACCUUCAUUGGAAUUAAUUUUGGACUUUUGAUUUCAGAGGUUUUGCAAGUUUCAUUUAUUGUUGCUUUCCUCAGACACAAGAAUAGAAUUUAUGCAGAAAUGUGACCUUUGGAUUUUAAUUUGCCUAGAAGAAAUCAGUUAAUUUUCAAAAUAAUUGCAUGAUAUUCUUUUAUUCUCCUGUUCUUUGGAUAAGUAUCCCCCAAAGGAUUAUAGACUAUGUUAAAGACUUUGUUCAUAUUUGGUGGCACCACAGGAGGAGACAGAACCUUUAUGAGGUGAAGCUACUGAGAGUUUUUCAUCAUGAUCACUGAAGGUGUAUGCUUGUAGUAGAUAUUGGAAUCCCAGCCUCUUCCUAUGACUUUCAUUCUUGUCUCAAGACACAAAAUGAAGUUUACUCCACCAUGUUCUCCCCACCAUGAUGUGCAGCCUCACCACAGGCCCAAAGUAAUGGGGCUAAUUGAUUAUGGACUGAAAUAUCUGAAACUAAGAGUCAAUGAAACUUUUCUUAUAUUAUCUCAGGUAUUUGUUAUGAUAACAAAAAGCUGUAUUAUACAUAAUCAAUAUAAAUAUGGAGUUAUUGAACAUUUGUAAUUUUAUUGAAAUUUAAAAGAAAUUUUCCACGGAAUAUUUUUCAAAUUAGCGCUUUAUCUUGAUUUAUGUGGCGAAGUUUCACUAUAUAUUUUGAUUUUUUUUUAUGUAGAGAAUGUACCUGUACUAUGUUUGGAAAAUAAUAAGUAAGCAUUUGUAUCAUGUACCUUUUAUUUGCAAAUCUUAAGAAAAUAACCCUGGUUUAUACAAGAAUAUAAAGAUUGAAAAUCUUCAUGACACCCCUAUUCUGAAUUAAUCGUCUACUUUCCUUUUCUAAAUAAUGCUUUUAAGUAGAUUAUAAACUUAGAGAUGUGGUGGUAAUAAUAUAAUAUUAAAAUAAUUGAAUUUUUAAAUUCAAAUUAAACUUAUUUUAACUAAUACAUAAAGCACAAAAAUUAUACAUACUAAUGGCAAGUUUCUGCACAGCAACAGAAAUAGUGAAUUUUUAAUUGUAGCAAAAACAAUAUAUUCUAAAUGUUCACUGAAAUCCCAUAUAUUUCAUUGGCUCCUCCUUUUCUUCUCUUUCUCCUUAAAUUUUUUUUUCAAUGCAUAUGUACACAGUUCUCUGAAGUAUAAAAAUAACUGGUCUGUUCUA